AUGAAGAAUACGCGCGCGAUGCAGUCGACCACCCUGGCUCUGGCGGGAACAACGAUGCCCAGCAUCAGGUCCAGUGCCAGCCGAUCAUCCAUCGCGCUUAGGCGGGAAGCCCUGACCCCGUCCCUUCAGCCCUUCGCUUUUCCUGUCCACGAGGGCGGCAACAGGAUCCAAGACACCUCUGUCAACAUGAGCAUCGGCGACACGCACAUCACCUACCAGUAUCCCAGCCGUGGGAUCCCUGAGCUGAAGUACGGUACGUGUGACAUCGCUGUCGAGCUCGACAAGCUACGCAGGAGUCAGGCAGUGCUCCAGAAGACCCGUCUCCAAUCGACGGAGGACAGCGACAAAGGGACCAAGGAGAGGGCCGCACUCGAUGGCAUGCUUGAGUACUACGCGGAUGCGAUCUCGUCGGUACAGAAGACCUUCCUGCCAUACAGCAAGUUCGCUGAGGAGGGAUGGCAAUUCAUUGAGCUGCACGAUGCCAUCAAACAGGCGGAGCCGGACGUGCGAGACAUCCUCACCCAAGCGAUGGAGGUCUUGACCAACACCAUGCGAGAUGUGAAAGAGGCUCAGACGGCGUACAACAUCCUGCAGGGUCAUCACGCCAAGUGGAGCGCGGGCAGGACUGCUGCAGAGUGCAGCGAUGAGAGUCUCGCAUGUCCUCCGUCAAGCAUGCAGCUUUCUACGUCUGACGAUGCCAAGUCGAGGAUGAUCGCGCGCAUCCAAACGAGGAGCAAACGAUUGUCGUCCAUGGCGAUCGAAGACGAGUCGGCUGCUGGGGGGGUUCUCGCUGCUAUCGCCAGCUUGUGUCCGUGA